UUUAGACCAACGUUUUGGUUGCCAUGAUUUUUGAUAACAACUGAAGUGCAACCAUUUUGUCUGGCGAUUUAAUAGUUUUUGGUAUUUAAAAAUUGUCCAAUUUUCUUUAUUUUAGGAUUAUUUUGUCGAUUAAUUAAAUAGACACCGUCACCGAUAUUCGAAAUGCGCGACUCCCCAGAUUCGAUUCCCAAACGGAGUCGCAGCAAAAGCAGUAACAGUAGCAUAAGCAGAAAAAGCAGAAGUCGAAGCCUGUCAAGUGGCUCGAGGUCUCGUUCUCGAAGCCACAGCAGCGACAUUGACGGUUACAGAUUACACAUAGCCGAUAUAGGCGAUGAUGUGAGACGAUCGGAUUUGGAAAAGGUCUUUUCGCCUUACGGCAAUUUAAAAGAAGUAUGGAUGACGAACAGUACACCCUGUUUUGGAUUCGCUGUAUUUAAAGACAAAAAAGCGGCGGCGGCCGCCCUCAAAGGUGCUGAUGGAGCUGAAGUUGCUGGUUGCCGAAUACGCGUAACGUACGCAAGACCUAGAACUAGAGGAUCGGGUAGACGAUUUUAUAAUAGUAACAUGCGCUGUUAUCAGUGCGGAUAUACGGGACACUUUUAUCGAGACUGUCCCGAUAUAAAUGGCGGAGAAAAACGAGAUCGUUACGGCCGAUCGCGCGGUUAUAGAGAAAGAGAUUACGACAGGGAGCACAGAAGACAUCGUUCGAGUAGAAGUAGUCGAUACGAUGAUAGGCCGAGACGUAGUGGAAGACACCGAAGAUAGAUAAUAUUUUGUUGUAUUAUUACGUGUUUUUUUUUAAUAAUCAAAUUUGAUUUGCAGGUAAUUGUUUGAAGGUACAUUUCAAGUUGUAAUUUUUGCGACCGAUAGCGUGUAUACCUAAAUAUAAUCUAUUGGAGAGUGAAUAAUUUAGAAUAAUCUCUUCGAUAGGGGGCAUGCUUUACAAUCAAUACAUUUAUAGUGGUUGCAUUAGUUAUUAUUGAAAUGGAAUCAUUGAAAAUCUGAUUAUUAAUUUUAUUGCAUCGGUUUGUUUGCCCCCCCUUUCACUUUUAUAGUGCGGAAUAAAUUUAUUAACAUUUUUUUAGUCGUUUGUAGAUUUUAAUGAAAUGCUAAUAACGUUAUUACUGAGGUUACCCGAAGUCUGGUAGAAAUAAUGUAUAAUUUUAAAAUUUA